CGCCCGACCCGAGGCGGUCCCGCCGCGGUCUCGGUCCGGGCCUCAGCCCCGCCAGCAUGGCCGGUCGGACGGUGCGGGCCGAGACCCGGAGCCGGGCCAAGGAUGACAUCAAGAAGGUGAUGGCGACCAUCGAGAAGGUCCGGCGAUGGGAGAAGCGCUGGGUGACUGUGGGCGAUACUUCCCUUCGAAUCUUCAAAUGGGUACCUGUGGUGGACCCCCAGGAGGAGGAGCGCCGUCGGGCAGGUGGUGGGGCAGAGAGAUCCCGUGGCCGGGAACGGCGAGGCAGGGGCACCAGUCCCCGAGGGGGUGGACCGCUCAUCCUGCUGGAUCUCAAUGAUGAGAACAGCAACCAGAGCUGCCAUUCGGAAGGGUCCCUGCAAAAGGGGACGGAGCCCAGCCCUGGGGGUACCCCCCAGCCCAGCCGGCCCGUGUCACCUGCUGGACCCCCAGAAGGGGUCACUGAGGAGGCUCAGCCCCCACGGCUGGGCCAAGAAAGAGAUCCAGGGAGCACACCUGUAGGCGGCACUGAUGAACCCCCAAAGCUGACCAAGGAAGAGCCUGUUCCAGAAUUGCUGGAAGCUGAGGCCCCUGAAGCUUACCCUGUCUUUGAGCCAGUGCCACCUGUCCCUGAGGCAGCCCAGGGUGACACAGAGGACUUGGAGGGCGCCCCCCCACUCAAGCGCAUCUGCCCAAAUGCCCCUGACCCCUGAGAAGCCGGCCUGUCUCCUGUCCUGUUGCUCCAGGGGCCCCUUUGGCUUUUUACAAAUAAAGACCCUUUUGUAA